CCCAGACAUGCUUUAUUCGUGGUGUGUUGUCUGGUUGAUGACGGCGACUCAAGUGGUGAUCGCCAUUACCUGGCCCUGGGACCAUGAGCGAAACGCAUAUGAGCCUUACCAAGUGGAAUGUCCCAGUUUCAGUCUUUUACGAGAAGCUAACAGCAUCUCUGAUAACGAAAAGGAGUACGUUCAGGCUCGGCAAAAGUACACCAAUGACAAGUUGGCGGGAUUUCUCGAAAACAUUGCCCAGCUCUCGGAUUUCAAUGCCUCACAGUUCAUUGAUCAGUACUCAAACUCCCACAAUAUCACCAUUGGUUUGGCAUUCAGUGGCGGUGGCUAUAGGGCCAUGUUGACAGGAGCCGGCGAGGUGUUGGCGAUGGAUGGGCGGUACACCAAUGCCAACAAAAAGGCUUUGGGGGGUCUUUUGGAUAGCUCGACCUACAUUGCCGGUCUUUCUGGUGGCAGCUGGUUGGUGGGCACCUUGGCCCUCAAUAACUGGAUCAGCGUGGACGACAUUUUAUCGGGCAAAUUAGAUAUCUGGAACUUGGAGGAUUCGGUGUUCAAUCCCAAUGGUCUUAACAUCUUUAAGACGGGACUGUACUACUCUGACAUUGGAACCAGUCUAAGUGCCAAAGAAGAGCAUUUUGAGACCACUUUGACCGAUCUCUGGGGUCGCAUGUUGGGGUACCAGUUCUUUACCACCGAUGGCGGCCAAAACCUAACCUGGUCGGGAAUCAGGAACUUAUCGAGUUUUGAAGACCAUACGAUGCCAUACCCAUUUGUGGUGGCCGAUUCCCGAAACCCCCAGGUCCGAACCAUCACCUUGAACUCAACCGUAUACGAGAUCACCCCGUAUGAGUUUGGCAGCUGGGAUCCCAGUGUCAGGAGUUUUGUCGAUACGCAGUAUAUUGGCACCAAUCUCGACAAUGGUCAACCCAAUCUGAGCAGCGAGUGCGUGGUGAACUUCGAUAACGGUGGAUUUGUGUUGGCUAGCUCGCUGACGAUAUUCAACCAGCUUUUGACCAAGGCCAAGGAUCAGAAACUCACCAAGUAUUUGUACGGAGCCAUUGAAAAGGUGAUGGGGUUGUUAAGUCUGACCGACAUUGACGUGGCCUUGUACGAGCCCAACCCUUUCUACCGCUCCGAGUACGCGGAUAACGAGGUUAUCACCGGGAACUCCACCAUGAACCUCGUGGAUGGAGGAGAAGACGAUCAGAACAUCCCCUUGUACCCUUUGGUACAACCAAAGCGGGGGGUGGAUGUGAUUCUUGCGUUCGAUAGCUCCAGCGACACGCCUACCGGGUGGCCCAACGGCUCGGCACUUAUUCAUACCUAUCGUCGUCAGUUUGGACACCAGGGAAAGGGAACCCCCAUUCCGUAUAUGCCUUCGUCAUACGAAGAGUUUCUUGACCAAGGACUCAAUGAGAGGCCAGUCUUCUUUGGGUGCAACGCUUCGGAGUUGGACCCGUUGGUGGAGUUGAGUGGUAACAAGGACAUCAACACCACUGAUGUGCCGUUGAUUGUAUACGUUCCUAAUAUCCACCAGUCGUACGACAGUAACACUUCUUCUUUCAAGUUGACAUACGAUGAGGACGAAAAGCUCGCGAUGAUUAAAAACGGGUUUGAAAUAGCGUCCCGGGGCAAUUUUUCCGAUGAUGGGAAAUGGGCGACGUGUGUGGGGUGUGCUGUGAUACGGAGAACUCAGGAGCGGUUUAACUUGAGCCAGUCUUCGGAGUGCCAGAAAUGCUUUGAAGACUACUGUUGGUUUCCCGAUAAAAGUGAUAUGGUGUACUCUGCGGUGGUGGAUUUCUCGCUGCUGGUUUCAGAUAGUGCUGAGAGCCUACAGACCAGUGAGUCCCUUGCCAGUUCCACCCGUGCUGGUGAUGCGAGUACAACCGGAGAGGGUGGAACCACCAGUUCCACUGGAACCAGCUUCAAGACCCCAACAAGCUCGGCUUCAAGAUCUCUGGACUCGGGUGCUAAUAUUCAAGUGCACUUUUCUCCACUAAUGCUUUUCUUAGUGUCGUUAGUAUAUACCGCCUUCUAAUAGAAUGGUUUUGCAGCCAUAAAU